AUGGAAUUCGUCAUUCCAGCACCAAAACGAGAACCGGCAGUCAACAUGGCGUCGUGGAAGAUCACCAAGAAGUUAAAGGAGACCCAUCUGGGAUCUUGGUCGUCCAACUCCUCAAGGAACACAACGAAUGCUACGCCAGAGAAGGAACAGGACGAACGACCGGAAAGUUUUACGUCUGCCGAAGAUGAGAAGGUUACAGCGGAAGCUCUCACCCAAGCCCCCGUCAUAAAGACCUCGAAACCCGGCAUCCUGAUUGUUACUCUCCACGAAGGAAGGGGAUUCUCCUUGCCCGAGCAAUAUCGUCAUAUUUUUGCAUCUCACAGUCGAUCCACGAGCCAGGCUAGUAGCGUGUCUGGGUCUCUAAGGCCAGGGGCAUCGAACAACCGUCCCCAGACCUCUUCAUCUGGCCUCGGCGAUAUCCCGACGAACCAUGGACGUGUCUCCGGAAAAUACAUGCCAUAUGCUCUCCUCGAUUUCGAUAAGGUACAGGUCUUUGUCAACUCAAUCGAUGGAAGCCCCGAGAAUCCUACCUGGGCAGGCUCCAACACCCAGUACAAGUUCGAUGUGUCCCGUGUGACGCAGCUUACCGUUCAUCUAUAUAUCCGCAACCCGAGUGCGCCCCCCAAAUCAGGAAGAAGCCAGGACAUCUUCAUCGGUGCUCUUCGCGUUGAUCCUAACUUCAACGAACCCAACAAGGAUACUCAGUGGAUCGAUUUGCAGUACGGAACGGGUCAGCUCCAGGUUUCCGUCGAGUAUGCUGAGCCACCGGCCACCAAGCUUGGAAUCGAAAACUUCGAACUCCUCAAGGUCGUCGGAAAGGGAAGUUUUGGAAAGGUUAUGCAAGUGCGGAAGAAGGAUACCAACCGUAUCUAUGCCUUGAAGACCAUUCGCAAGGCCAAGAUCAUCUCGCGCUCGGAGGUGGCACACACAUUGGCAGAGAGAUCUGUCCUUGCUCAGAUUAACAACCCCUUCAUCGUUCCUCUGAAGUUCAGCUUCCAAUCCCCCGAGAAGCUGUAUUUCGUACUAGCGUUUGUCAAUGGUGGCGAGCUGUUUCAUCAUCUCACUAUUGAGAGGCGUUUCGAUAUCAACCGCUCUCGCUUCUAUACCGCUGAACUUCUCUGCGCGCUCGAAUGCUUGCACGGAUUCAAUGUCAUCUACCGCGACCUAAAGCCCGAGAAUAUUCUGCUUGAUUACCAGGGCCAUAUUGCUCUGUGCGAUUUCGGUCUCUGCAAGCUCGAAGUGAAGGAUGAAGAUGAGACUCACACUUUCUGUGGAACUCCGGAAUAUCUAGCCCCCGAGUUGCUGAAGGGCAAGGGGUAUAACAAGACGGUCGAUUGGUGGACCCUGGGUGUGCUUCUGUAUGAAAUGCUUACAGGUCUGCCUCCUUUCUAUGACGAGAACACGAACGAAAUGUAUCGCAAGAUCCUUUCGGAUCCUCUGCACUUCCCGGGACCCGAGAUCGUCCCGCCCGCCGCUCGCGAUCUUCUGACGAGGCUGCUGAACCGUGAUCCCGCGCAGCGAUUGGGAGCGAACGGUUCAGCGGAGAUCAAGGCACACCCGUUUUUCCAUGCGAUUGACUGGAAGAAGUUGCUGCAGCGAAAAUAUGAGCCUACCUUCAAGCCAAACGUGGUUGAUGCACUUGACACAGCCAACUUUGACCCUGAGUUUACAUCCGAGCCGGCACAGGAUUCGUUUGUGGACGACCCGGUUCUUUCUCAAACUAUGCAAAACCAGUUUGCAGGCUUCAGUUACAGCAGGCCUGUGGAGGGACUGAAUGACGCAGGUGGCAGCAUCAAGGACCCUUCAUUCGUGGCUGGCACCCGAUGA